CUGCCUCUCUCCUCGUCCACUCGUCCUGUCUCUUGCCAGAUACUGCUCGAGCUCGCCGCCGCCGCCGAAUGGCUGAAUCCCAUCCCCUAAUUCCUUCGGAGCUCCGACUGCUCCCGGCUCCACUCUGGAGCUGCCGCGCCCACCUUGCCAGCAAGCUCCCCCACCUCCAGCGACUAGCGCCGAUGUGGCAUCUCCCUGACUCCCUCCCCGCACUCCCUGCACCUUCUGCUCCAGCGCGGCAUCGCCUGGCAAGCUCUUCCACGCCGGCGUCGGUGGAGCUGAUACACGAGGCACGGAAGCGGAGGCGAGAGGACUGGGAGAGAGUGCGUGGACUUCGUUCGGAGAGGUGGUCGCUUGCGCUGCUCCUGCUCGACAGCUCGAGCAAGAGGAACGGGACAGUCCCUUCUCCUGAAACAUAUUACAUGAAUGUUUGCACAACACUGCAGAGAAUCAUUUGUGUUUGUUCAUGGACUGCAUCGCUAGAGGAAGUACAACGUAGAGAAAAUGAGACAAUUUUUUGAAUUGAACAUGAAGAAAAAGGUUGGGAUCGACUAAACAAAGUGAAGAGUUUAAAUCCAAAUUGAUAAUAUCUCAGGAAAAAAACAAGACAGAGAUGGGUAUGGUAGAACCAAACAUACCACUUUAGAGUUGACGCCGUAACAUGACACAAUCAGCUGAGCCUUCUUUUGUUAGUGGUCGCACAGAUCGCCAUGGGAUGGAACUACAAGAAAGAACAGAUCGCCAUCGUUGAUGGUCAACUUUUCGGAACAUGAAUGAGGUAGCCCUGUCCGUGGUAGUUGGGGUUACUUAACAACUGCUACCGAAUUAAAUAAAGAUGAUCAUGCCGAACGUUGUACUGUACUUAUUAUGUAAGAGCGUCCUGAUCCGAUGAUUGCAAAUGUACAAAAACAUCAAAUUAGAUACUACCAACAUGCGCUAUGUCUCUAUCUCCUCGUGUGAAAUAUAAGACCUGGUCUAUC